ACGGUCUGCGCAACGGUCGUCAACGUGAUCACUAUAGCAUGCCAAAAACACUGCUUUGCGAACCUCCCAGGGUUAUUUGGCCCCUGCAAAAGCUAUCCCCAAGUCAUUUCUCCUUAUAUUUUAACAGGCCAUACUGAAUAUUAACACGGAUCUAAUACUAGAAACAAUUCUGAUGAGAAACAGACAAAAAUACGUACUUGCCACCAUGGCAGCCGCCCCACCGUGUAUGCCAGAGCGAUGACGUUAAAAAGUUUGAUCCCAGCCCAUCUCAUGCAAUAUUUAUUACUGUUAUAUGAGAAACCGGAAGUGGUGUUCGGCAACAAUGUCUUAGCGGACAGUUUUGGCUUAGCGGAAAGUCGGCGGACUGGCGUUACACUGCGCGAGAUGGAACUGAUCGAGCUUAUCCUCAAACUAACGGAGGAAGAAAAGCUAGACUAUCAGGAUGAUAUCCUGUGCGAAGGAACAAUGAUCUGGAGGAACGAAAACGAAUACCUGAUUGCACAAGAAGAUAAUUCGGUGGCUGUGCCAAAAGAUUCGUUGCAUCGGCUGCUGUCCAAAAUUCUCGCCAGCGAUUGGGGCCGGGGAGUCAUGUCAAUUGAUGACGAUCUUGGAGAAAGGGAACGCUUGUUAUAAAUAGCUUUAGCAUUUAUGUUGUUGUUGUUGUUGUUACUGAAUAAGUACGACGUUUUUUAUAGCUUUAGCAUUUGGUUUUGCUGUUUUUUGAUACUGAAUAAGUACGACGUUUUUUUAUAGCUUUAGCAUUUUAUUUGUGAUGUUUUUGAUACAGUUAAGAUGAAUUUGUUUG